AUGAGAGAGAGGUGUCUCGAAGUGGCGGCCCACAAGACCGAGCUGCUCGUGGUUAGAGGGGCAAGGAAUGUGGAGGAUUUCAGGUUAAAUAAAAUGGGGGAAGAGGUGAAACCUUCAAAGGAGCUGAAAUACCUGGGAGUCAUCUUUCAGAGGAACCUGAGUUUUUCCAAACACAUAGAACACAGCGUGCAGAGGGCAUCUGAAAAAUUGGCCGCGAUCUCCCGGUUGAUGCCAAAUAUAAGCGGACCAAGCUAUGCGAAGAGGAGAGUCCUGUGCGGUGUCACACAUAGCAUCCUGCUGUACGCGGUCCCAGUGUGGAGAGAGACGCUAAAGCAAAAAAAGCAGCUGGACCAGAUGACAUCGCUGCAAAGAAGAAGCCUUUUUAGAACGGUCUCUGCGUAA